ACUGUGCACGGACACCGAACUAAGUUUUAGCUCUUCUCUAGAAGAGGUGUUACAGUCGCCAUUAUCUGUCCAACGCACAAUGUAGGGUCGUUUGAAACAAAACUAAGACCAUAAAUAUGUAUUGGGAUUGGUAUUGGGAUUGGGAUUGGAAUUGGAAUUGGAAAUGGGAAUGUGUAUACAUAUCGGGACAUUGGGAUUGAUAUUGGGACCUAACGUUGACAGAUAUUUCUCACGGUGUCUCCCGGUGUUGCCAAGUUUAACGUACUUUUUCACUUGUUACAGACGUGUAAGUGGAAGAAACGUAACAAGUUGUACCCAAAUUGAGUAAACUAAAAAGUACUCGGUCAAGGCGGGUCAGUACCCAGUGCCAAGUAUCCAGUCCAGUUGUAGAACGGGCGAAAGGCAAUGAGCAGAACGCAGAAGCGACGUCUGGGCUGUAAACAAGUUUAUGUGUUCAUUGGAAAUGGAGACAUUGUAAUGCAAUCGAAUUUUUAAGUAUGGAAAACAACUAAACUACCGCUUUUCGCAACUUUAGUAUUUCAGACUUCAAUAAUAUAAUAUAAUAUAAUACAAUAUAAUAAUGUGUAAUGUAUAUAAUAUAGUAUAUAUAUAUAUAUUAAUAUGAAAUAGUAUAGUGUAUAAUAUAUUAUAUAUAAUAUAAUACAGUACAAUAUAGAUACGCGCUACUUUUCCAAAUAAUGUACAAGUACAAAUUAUUGCUGCGUUGCGACAACUUUAAUCGUUGGUUGGAAAAACAGUAGCUUGUCGAGAAGAAAUAUUUUUUAAACGAACGUAAUACGCCGGUAGAAAGAGAAAAUUUGUCGGUAACGUAAGAGCAAGUCGAUCAUCGUUAUAGGGAAAAUAAAUAGCAAAGAGAAAGUACUUGUAAAUAUUCGGUUUAAUUUGAUCGAACACGGUCUUAUCUCGGUAUUUAAAUUCAGAUAUGGAUAAUACGACUAAAGAAAACCGGCGUUCGCGACUAACGAUUUUAUUAGAAAUCCUCGCGUUGCUUCGUUACCUUAUUAAAAAUCGAAAAAAAGAAUCCCUCGCUCGUCGAACGCAUAGAAACACGGAGUUGCAAAAUUUGGCAAGAAACAACAAGGCUGAAUCGCAACUGAAACAACUGUUACACGUAGUUUACCUACAAUGGGCGGUUAUGCUCGAACGAACAACCGGAGCAGAUCGGAGAGCGGUAGAGUUUCCGAAAACAAAUAUCCGUAGAAAUUUGGAACACGUGUCGACGAUACAAGACAGAGAGCUCCCUUGGAAUACGUUAGCUAGGAGUUACGACCGUGAAAUGAACAGAAAAUGUGUACAAGAGGAAGAAGCAGGAUCGUUUGUAACUCGUCCGAAUUUUGUGAAGAAAACGCGUAACCUGCGAGAAAGUAAUUUGCACGAUGCGCAUUACGAGGCAAGGAAACGAUGCUUGGACCGAUCGAAGAAGUACGACGAAACCAUUGGAACCCUUCAUGUUUAUAAAACAACUCUUUUACGAGAUAGAGACAACCUUAACAGAGAUCGAGCUAUCGCGGAGAAUAAAAUCGUCGAGCAACUCGAUUUGUACAAUCGGUUGAAAGAAGAACAAAAAUCGAACGCGACGAACGUUUUUCUAGCAACGGUAGAACGUUUUCGUUUGAAUCGCGCCGCAAAGAUUAUUCAGCGAAAUUGGAGAUUAUACGCUAGACGCGCGUCUUCUAAAAAAAAGCGGGGCAGGAAGUAAGGAGUUUACGCGACCUCUGUACGCUCGACCUCGCAACAGAGAAGGCGUCGUUGUUCGUACACGUACGCGCGUCCGUGUAUGUAUUGCUAUCGCGCGUUCGAAAAAUUGAUGCUUCUUUUUUUAUCAGACUCUUUUCGAGGAUCGGAUCAUCGUCGACGUUGCAUCGCGAACACGCGCAUUGCUAAAAUUCGUCUUGUUACGUUUCAUCGCGGAAAACGGAAAACGGAAAACGGAAAACGGCUGUCUCGGUAUGGUUUUUAAACGGACGCAAUUAUUAAGAUCCAUCCACGAUCGAUCGUGCGCUGCUAUGUUUAGAAUUCUCUCCGUCGGUCUCCGUAGCUCGGUCUCCGUUUCUUCGGUAGCUCGGUUUUCACCGGCGUACCAUCUCGAUUUCGAAUUUCAACCGUACG